AAAUAAAAAACCAAACCCAUGUGUUUUAUUUUCUUUAUUAUUCUUAAAAAACACAAUAAAACAAAAAGACACAGAUUUGGUUAGAGAGAGAAAAACCUCGAUCCAAAUUGUUCUUCUAAACAAGCUUCCAAAUUCCAACCAUAUUCAACAACAAUGUUUAUAUCUGUUUCUUUGCAACCACUCUCAUGUUACUUUUUUGAUUGAAAGCUAAGUUUUUCCCCCCUUUUUUUUGAUGUAACAAAGUGUGCAUGUGAAGACAAGGACAAUACCUAUAGAGUGUUCCUUAAACACCCAGCAAAAAUCCAUGUUUCUGAUUGUUGAAAGCAUACACUCCUUUCAAUCAUCAUUGCAUUCUCGUUUGGUGGGGCUUCUGAGAUCUCAUUAUCUCAAAUGUAGGUUCAAUUAGGGCUCUUAAGAUCUUCUAUUCUGUAUAAAUGGCAUUGUUUCGCAAGUUCUUUUAUAAGAAACCCCCUGAUGGCCUUCUUGAAAUCACUGAAAGGGUUUAUGUGUUUGAUUACUGUUUUACGACGGAUGUUAUGGGCGAGAACGAAUACAAAGUUUAUAUAGGAGGAAUAAUUAGGCAAAUUGGCGAGCAUUUCCCCGACGCUUCGUUUAUGGUGUUCAACAUGAGGGAAGGAGAACACCAAAGUCAUAUAUCGAACAUUUUGUGCGACUAUGAUAUGACUGUGAUGGACUAUCCUAGACAGUAUGAAGGUUGUCCGUUGCUUACGAUGGAAAUGAUUCAUCAUUUCUUGAGGUCGGGUGAAAAUUGGCUUCAACUCGGGCAACAGAAUAUCGUCUUGAUGCAUUGCGAACGAGGUGGGUGGCCGGUUUUAGCAUUUAUGCUGGCUUCGCUCCUGAUUUAUAGAAAAAUGUUUACGGGGGAACAGAAAACAUUGGAUAUGAUAUAUAAACAAGCGCCUCGGGAACUUUUGCAGUUGAUGUCACCGUUGAAUCCUUUACCUUCACAAUUGAGGUAUCUUCAAUAUAUAUCAAGAAGAAAUGUUGGUUCCGAAUGGCCUCCUCUGGAUAGGGCGCUUACGUUGGAUUGCGUAAUUAUAAGGCAAAUUCCUAAUAUGGACGGAGAGGGUGGUUGCCGUCCUAUUUUUAGGAUAUACGGACAGGAUCCCUUUAUUCCCGCGGAUCGGACUCCCAAAGUUCUCUUCUCUACUCCAAAAAAGAGCAAACUUGUUCGGUACUUUAAGCAGGCUGAUUGUGAACUUGUGAAGAUUGAUAUCCAUUGUCAUGUUCAAGGCGAUGUUGUACUUGAGUGUAUUAGUUUGGAAAGUGAUUUGGAACGUGAACAAAUGGUGUUCCGGGUUAUGUUUAAUACAGCAUUCAUAAGAUCAAAUAUUUUGAUGCUCAACCGCGAUGAAAUCGACAUGUUAUGGAAUGCUAAAGAUCACUUUCCGAAAAAUUUUAGAGUAGAGGUUCUUUUCUCAGAUAUGGAUACUUCUUCGUCUUCUGUUAUUUCAGUCGAUCUUCCUCCUCGUACGGAGGAGAAAGAAGGUCUACCUGUUGAAGCAUUUGAUAAAGUUAAGGAAAUUUUCAGCCAUGUUGAUUGGCUCGAUCCGAAGACAGAUGUAGCAAAUAUGCUCCAACAGAUCACAUCAUCGAAUAUCCUUCUAGAAAGAUUGGACAGCGGAGGAAGUUCUGGUUCACCCAACACCGUGCUAAACGAGUCAUUAUCUGGAAGAUUAAAAUUUGAUUCGAAGACACAAUACGAAACGAGCAGUCUGAAAUCUCCCGAUCACGAGGAAGUUUCAGUGUUUCCAUUGCAGUCAUCUGAAGAUGCUACCGAGGAAAAAGUGCUGGAACCGAAAUUGUCAUCACAAGAGAAAAUCAAGACUCCUGCGAGUAUAGGUCAAGCGGUCAAGCCUGUUCCUUUGUUUGAUCUGUCAAAAGAUUCAGAUUCUACUAAAAUUGAGACUGAAUCAUCAGAAUCGAAACACUCAUUGGGAACCGAUAUCAAACUUCCUACUAAUAAGGCUCAGGCGGAGCAAUCUAUCCCCGUAAUAGAACCAUCGAUAAAUGCAAAUUCAACGGGCAAAAAGAGUGGAUCUUUGGAAUCUGAGCAAAAGAAUAUUGUCUCACUAGCAUCGAAUGAGGCGGUAUUGGAAAAAGACACUACGCUUCCUUCAUCGGAAUCUUCUACUGUUGCAACCGCUAUGAAAAAUAUUAAACCGUCAGGAUCAAAAGAAAAGAAGGUUGAAUCAUUAGACUCGGAGGCUCGGUUGAAAAAUGAUAGCCGACCUAAAUUUGAACCAAAGACUCAGCUAGAAGUUUCAGUACCGUCGUUUGAAUCAUUUGGGGAUGCUAACUUGGAAAAGAAGAAAGAACCAUUAGAUUUAGUUGAUGAGGGGCAACAACAUAUUCCCUCAAUUGGACUCACAAAAGAUUCAGAUCUUGCUGAAAUGAAGAUUGAAUCAUUAAAAUCAAAGGCACCGGUGGAAAACGAUACCAAGUUUCCUAUGUCUACGGCUCAAGGGAAACAAUCUAUUCCGUUAGUUGUACCAUCCGCGGAAGCGAGUUCAUUGGAACAGACGAUGGAGAAACUAAAGCCAAAGAAAAAGGAUAGUGAAUCAUUAGAAUCAAAUGAUACCAAGUUUCCUAUGUCUACGGCUCAAGGUAAACAAUCUACUCCCUUGAUUGCACCAUCCACGGAAGCAGAUUCAACGGAACAGAUGACGGAGAAGUUAAAGUCAAAGAAAAAGGAUAAUGAAUCAUUAGAAUCAAAGUCAUUAUUGGAACACGAUACCAAGUUUCCUAUGUCUGUGGCUCAAGGGAAACAAUCUAUUCCCUCGAUUGCACCAUCCACGGAAGCAGAUUCAACUGAACAGAUGAUAGAAAAGUUAAAGUCAAAGAAAAAGGAUAAUGAAUCAUUAGAAUCAAAGUUGUUGUUGGAACAUGAUACCAAGUUUCCUAUGUCUGUGGCUCUAGGGACACAAUCUAUUCCCUCGAUUGAACCAUCCGUGGAAGCAGAUUCAACGAAACAGGCGGUGAAGUUAAAGUCAAAGAAAAAGGAUACCGAAUCAUUAGAAUCAAAGUCAUUGUUGGAAAAUGAUACCAACCGGGAAAAAUCAGUUCCUUUAAUUCAAACGUCAAUGGAUUCAAGUUCAAAGAAAACAAUGCUUGAAAAAUCAGAAUCCCCAGUGUUGUCGGAAAAUGACAUCAAGAGUCUUACAUCCAAGGUUCAUAAGAAACAAACCAGUCCCUUAGUUGAACCCUUCGUUGACGCAAAAUCAAUUAAAAAGAAGAUUGAUCCUCAAGAGUUGCAGGUUUCUCUUCAGCUACCUACGCAAUCUAAAAUAAUUUCUCCAAGGAUGCAUCAAGCUAUUCGACCGACUUCAGCUUCCGCUUCCUAUUCUUCUUCCUCCUUGCCAGGUUCACCUGUAGCUGUCUCAAGGUAUCACAGUGCACCAUCGGCUCUCGGAAUAACAAGUGUGUUGCAAGAUCAUACACCGAUGGAUAGCAAAGAAGAACUCGCUCAUGCAGUGUCGAUAUCCCCUCCUUCAGAUUCAAAGGUGCCAAAGUCUGUAGAGCCUUGUUCUAAAAGUAUUCCGAAAACAUCAUCAUCCUCGGAAUUGCUUCCAUCUUCGCCGUUAAAGCCUUCAGCGGAUCCUCCUGCUGCUGUCGAAAAGACGAUUAAGCCACUUGUUCCCAUCCUUUCUCCACCUCCGACUCCACCUCCUCCUCAACAAGAACCUACUUCAAAUUUGAUGCAAUCUACUGUUACUGUUACACAAUACAGUGAAAAUUCAAUGCACGAUAAAAGCCAGAUAUCAUCGGCUAUUCCUCCUCCUCCCUCCCCUUCUUCGUCCCUUGCUGAAACAUCUCUUUCCACCGUCAAAGAUUCAUCGAAAGGACCUCCUCCCCCACCUCCACCACCACUUCUAUCUUCAACUACACAAACUUCAUCAUCGUCAAUACCUCCUCCUCCCAUUCCUCCUCCACGAAGUACAAACAAUUCCAUUGCUAUGCCUGGUCCUCCUCCUCCACCUCCACCUCCAAGACAAUCUGGCACGACACCAUUAGCGCCACCACCACCUCCUCCUCCUACUUCUGCAUCCCAAAAUUCUGUGUCUAAAACCGCUCCAAAUGUUCCACCUCCACCUCCUUCUCCUUCUGCCGAUGGAUCAUCAAAACCUCCACCUCCUCCUCACGCAGUUCCCAGACCACCCGGAAAUGCACCUCCAGUUCCCGGACCUCCUGGAAGCGUGCCUCCAAUUCCCGGACCACCUUCUGGUGCAUUUGGUGCAAAGGGACGUGGAAUGUUGCGAGCUAAUGCGAAAACUCAGACUAAAAGAAGCAACCUGAAACCUUACCAUUGGUUAAAGUUAACAAGGGCCAUGCAUGGUAGCUUGUGGGCCGAGACUCAGAAACUCGAUGAAGCUUGUAGGGCUCCAGAGUUCGACAUGACAGAGCUUGAGAGUCUUUUUUCAGCAGCCACUCCGAAUUCUAAUAAUGACAAAGGAAAAUCAAAUCGCCGUUCAGGGCAAAAACCCGACAAAGUUCAAAUAAUUGAACUCAGGCGGGCGUAUAACUGCGAGAUUAUGCUUACAAAAGUCAAAAUUCCAUUACCUGAUUUAAUGAGUAAUGUUCUUGCAUUGGACGAUUCCGUGUUAUAUGUUGAUCAGGUUGAGAACCUUAUAAAGUUCUGUCCGACUAAAGAAGAGAUGGACCAGCUCAGGGCCUACACUGGAAGUAUGGAAAACUUGGGGAAGUGUGAACAGUUCUUUUUAGAAUUAAUGAAAGUUCCAAGAGUGGAAAGCAAGCUAAGAGUUUUCUGUUUUAAGAUGCAAUUCUGCACCCAGGUUUCAGACCUCAAAAGGGACUUGAAUAUUGUAAAUUCUGCAUCGGAACAGAUAAGGGAUUCGGUCAAAUUGAAAAGAAUCAUGCAGACCAUUCUUUCCCUUGGUAAUGCUUUGAACCAUGGAACCGCAAGAGGUGCUGCGGUUGGGUUUCGAUUGGAUAGUCUUCUUAAACUCACUGAUACACGAGCCCGAAACAACAAAAUGACCCUCAUGCAUUAUCUUUGUAAGGUGCUUGCUGAAAAGCUUCCGGAACUUUUAGAUUUCCCUAAAGACCUAGUCAGUUUGGAGGCUUCAACCAAGCUACAAUUGAAAUAUCUGGCAGAAGAAAUGCAAGCUAUUAGUAAAGGACUGGAGAAAGUAAUUCAAGAACUGUCUGCAUCAGAAAACGACGGGCCCAUAUCAGAAUACUUCUGCCAGAUUCUGAAAGAAUUUCUUAGUCACGCCGAAGCUGAAGUGAGGUCUUUGGCUCAGCUUUAUGCCAAUGUGGGUAGAAAUGCAGAUGCGUUGGCGCUAUACUUCGGAGAAGACCCGGCACGUUGCCCGUUCGAACAAGUUGUAUCUACACUGCUCAACUUUGUGAGGAUGUUCAUCCGAGCACACGACGAAAAUUGCAAGCAGGUUGAAUAUGAAAAGAAGAAAGCAGAUAAGGAAGCUGCAGCAGAAAAUGAGAAAUUGAAGCUAGCUGCGAGGAACGAGUCUAAACCUAUGAUGAGGACCACCAUCAAGAGCGCCGAUGUUAAAUAAUCACACUUUUUUUACAAGGCCUCAAGCUUCUGAAGAUUUUCUGUACAAUGUAGUUUUGAAGCUCGUAAAGAAAUUCGUGUACUCGGCAAUAGCAAUGUAAAUGCUGUUCUAAUGGUGUGUUUUCUUUAACAUAAGUAGAGUAGUGUUUAACUUUUAUUUUCAAUGCGAGCAUUUAGAGGCACCAAUACUGAAAAUUUUCGGUUUAUGCUCCAUUGUUACAUGAACUGAUGAAUUCAAAUGCUUUGUAAAUAUCAAGCUAUUGCUUAGAAUACAAGUUACAAAUUUUAGUGAGUCA